GUGGCUGGAACCUUCCGACUUUGGGACAUGCGAAGUUUCCGCUGUGUUCAGUCCUUCGGUGGAAACGAGACCACCUUAAAUGAUCUCAACACGUUUUGCAUCAUGCCGCCUCACCACCGCUUAGCAGCCGGUGCAAGUCGGGUCAUUUUGCAUGACUAUAUGGAUGAAUGGGGCGGCGAAAGUGUGACCGAUACAGGUGGGGUGACCGAUGCUUUGUACAACCCCACAGUGGGAGAAUUCUACACAAUCAGCAAGCAGACGGUGAAGACCUGGAAUGCCAACACAGGAGUUCUUUUCAAAGUGCUGCGAGAUAUCACGCAGGAUGAGAUUACGGCAGCUUGUGUAGCUGACAAUGGCCGUAAGAUUUACUUGGGCGAUGCCAAAGGAAGG